ACAUCGAAUUUUGUGUCGAUUUGCAUUCAAGAACUCCACGGAGCUUCGGCAGCCCAAAGUCCCGUUAUGUUUUGGUUUUGAGUGAAUUUUCGGUCGUAAUCGAGGAACAGCAAAAUCACGCGGAAAUAUGUUUAAAAUCGAGUCCUACAUCACCCCCAUCAUCCUGAGCUACGUGGAGAAGUAUGUGAAAAACAUCCGGCCGGAGGACUCGCAGGUGUCCCUGUGGGGUGGCGAGGUGGUCUUCCAGAAUCUGGACCUGAAGCUGGACGUGCUGGAGGAGGAGCUGUCGCUGCCGUUCCAGUUCCUGUCGGGGCACAUCCAUGAGCUGGCGAUUCGCGUGCCGUGGACCAAGAUUGCCUCGGAACCGAUCGUGAUCACGAUCAAUACUAUUGAGUUUGUCCUGAAGCUCCAAGAACCUGGGAAUCGAACCGCACCGCGGAAGGAUGCCAACAAGCGGAGCAAAAACUCCGAGGAAGCUCCCCCACCCGGGUACAUGGCCUCGCUGAUCAACCGCAUCGCCAACAACAUUACGAUCCGCUGCCACAAUGUGAUCCUCAAGUACGUCGAAGAGGACAUCGUAGUGUCGAUGAAUAUCCAGCAGCUGUCGAUGGAGUCGGCCGAUGGCCGGUGGAACCCGGCGUUCGUGGACAUUUCGCCGACGAGGAUAUCCCUGCGGAAGCUGAUCAAUGUGGUGGACUUGACGAUAUGCUUGGACAAGAGGAACUCGGCGGGGAAGAUUGAGGUGUGUCAGGAGCCGGUUUUGUAUCGGAGUACGCUGCAGGCGCGGGUGUUGAUGAAGUAUAGCAAUUUGCCGGCGGCGCAGGACAGAUCGUCAAUCACGCGGAUCGAUAUCCAUAGUAAGUUUCUGGACUUCAACGUUUCGUCGCAGCAGUUUCCGAUGUUGAUGCGGUUGUUUGAACUCGGGUUGGCAUUGAAGCAAGGGAAGAUAAAGAAUGAGGUGUCCGUUGGGCAGGAACCUGGUGGAGAAGGUGAGGGGGAGACUGGACAGGAAUCGCUUUUGUCGUGGGCUUGGAAUUUGCUGCCUUCGUUCUUCCCGGAGGAUAACGAGAGCGACCACACGGAGGAUCAUGAGUUUCACGUGUUUCAUGCCGGGUGCUACGUGGAUCGGAUGAGGAUGAUUUUCAAGACGCAGGAAUUUGUGGGUGAUAGCGUGCUCGGAACUGCCAGGAAGAUCAAGUACAAUCCAUUCUUGCAGCUGGAUUUCGAUGGAGUUCACGGAGAGGUGGUGAUCUGCGGACUGAAGUGGUUCAACGUGUCUGGAGGGAUUGCCCGGAUAGGACUUCAAGCUUUGGAGGAUUGUCCUUGUGGGCAUCCGGUUACAAUUCGGGAUAUUUUCCAGAGUGAGGCUCAGCCGGCACGUGAGGAGCACAUCAAGGGUUCGUUUUUCGAUGAUAGCUCCGGGGAAGGUCGAAAGUACAACGUCAACUGGAAUUAUCAUCUGGGAACCUACAGUCAGGACGUUCUGUUGAGCAGGUCUCCUGCUAUCGCUAUGGACAUUGUUCACGAAGUGCAGAUUCCGGAUGACCGACGAACUUCAGAGUUCGGAAGUGACCUGGAGUUCAGUAAUCUCUCCGAGAAGUACAUGAUUCGAGCGUUUUUUGGAAAAUUCCGACUGAAGUUUGGAGCUGAUACCCUCCAUCGGCUGAAGACCUUGAUUUCGUAUAAGGAUGCCUACGAAUAUUCUCCGUAUUACGAAGAAAAACCGAUCCCCAGUCUAAGUCAGCUGCCUCCGCCUUCCGCGGAGGACUACGAUGCCCUGAUGAAUGAGAUUCCAUUAAAGCAGGUCCACAUUACGAUCCUUACGCCAAUUCUGGAACUUCAGCCUUUCGAUCAUGGCAAGUUCCAGCUUGGACGAAAGCGUAGUUCCAGUAAGUUUUCCCAAUCCACUCAGGUACCCUUCUUAUCGGUAGUCUUUAAUCGAGUGGAGUGCAACAUCUUGACGCCUCUUUAUCCUAAUCGACUGAUAUUCACCACUUGCCAACUGCCGGAACCUCCGUCCAAGCUGUUCGACAGCUGCUUCCAUUCCAUUUCCGGAAACAUGGAGCGUCUUCAAAUCAAACUACACCACAACGAUUUGGUAUUAUCUGUAGCCACGGCCAUCAAUCUAAAUCACCAGCACCGAUUCCUUAUUUUCCCGGAGUUAUGGCCAAGCACCGAACUGAAUAAAAUUGAGCACAACUACGACAUCUCGGACCUCAAGCUACUCCUGAGCCCUCCACAAACAUCCGUAGCCUGGUCCAUCCUGCAAACCCUUUCCACACAGACGGCGUUCUUCCAUCCAUCCACGGAAAUUCUUCAAAAUCUCGCCAACUCCGCUUUGCCAACCCUAGACUUAACAAUAUCCCAGGCUCAUCUCCGGCAAAUCUUCUGUGAACGUACUUCCGCCCUAAAACUGACAGCUCGCAGCCUUCGUUGUCUGUCCUACAUUCCCAACACUUCAACUACCCAGCGGUCUCUUACCGCACUCUGGCCGGAUCACCCCACCGACGAGGAUUUCCUCACCGUCAUCAUUCAACUGCCCAUCGACCACCAGCUGACCUCUCUCGAGCAUCCUCCCAUCUUCUACGGGCGCUUCCUUGAUCUCAGCCUGAACUUCGAUCCCACACUAUACGAGUUCCUCCGGAUCCUACCAACUCAACUAGCCGCCUGCCGUGAUGAUCCCCUCUGCCGAACUCACACCCGCCACUCGCUCAGCCCCAGAAAAUCCGUCGAUCGAAUGCUGCCGAAGAAGCCCGUCCAACCCAUCACCUCGGUCCACUCCAACUCCGACAAAGUCGACGCACAACCCGCGGCACCGGCCCUCACUCCGCUCCCAAAACUGGGCUCAACCGUCGCCGCCGAAGAUGACACGGAAAAGGACGAAUCGCUAGCGAUGGCCACCACAAAGGCCGCCACCACCACCGAUCAACAACCACUGGUCGGGAUCGAGUUCUGGAAGCAGCUUUCACGCCGGAUCAUCUUCCACCUAGAGUUCCGCCAUUGCACGGUAUACUUUCCCCAGCGGAACAUCGAACACGAAACGGCCGUCGGUGGACGGAGACCACCGCCCGAGGAGGAGUUCGGCGACAACGAGAUCGUCAUGCUCAAGCUUCCUCUCAUCACGAUCAACUCGGCCUUCAAAUCGACCAGCCUAUCCGCCAACAUCAGCCGCUUCCCUGUCAGCCUAGCCAAGUCCGUUUGGCCCGACGACAAGGAAAGCUUUCCCUGGACCAUUUCGCUGGCCAACACUUCCAGCUGGACCUACCAGAAUCGGCAGAUGAACAAAUUGCUGGACGAAACGACCACCAACAUCUCGCUGGUGUUGAACUUCAAGGAGGAUGGCUCGGCCUCGUCGGCCUGCUUCCAUGUGGACACAUCGCCACUCAAGGUAAAUCUGUUCCAGGAACAGCUGGCGUUGCUUAAUGUAACACUGAACCGAUUGUUGGCCCUACCGAUGGUCAGAACUCGGAGUGACGGGACUGGAAAACCCCGCGAACCACAGGUUCUGGAGAUCUCCCAGAAAUCCAGCAGCGCCGCAACGGCAGCUGAUCUGAAGGAGUUCCUGGAUAUGACCCAUAACUCCAGUGGUGCUUCCGAGGAGACCCUCAAGGAUGCAGGCAAGAAGGAUGUUCUUCCGGUUUCAAUAUGGCUCCAGUGGACCUUCUCCAAGGUGACAGUCAAUUGCAUUGGAAAGGACGAAGACGGCCAGAUGAAGAUCAAGCUCGGCGUUGAACUGGAGGAUAUCAUCUACAGUUUGGACAUGCAAGACGUCUAUCUCCAGAUCAAGGCCAAAGUUGGCGGUAUGAGCGUUCAGUGCUACGAGUUCGACGUCGAUAAAAAGAUCUGGAACAAAAACGAAGCCUUGGCACUGACCGUGCAAACGGACCCAGGUGGAUCGAGCAAAUCCGCCAACGAUACAUUCCUGAACUUGACUAUUACCAAGGCAGAAACGACCAAUGUGCACACCAAAUGGGACACAGUACGAAAGAAUCGAGAGCAUAAUGAUACUCUGAUUGAGGUUAUCGUCAAAGUAGAACAGAUCGAUCUACGACUGGACUUGGAUCUAUUGGAGCAAUGCCUAGACGUACUGACAAUAUUCCAGCAACAAGACGAACCAGAAUAUCCUCCAAAGGUCUUUGGUGUUAGAGAUCUUCCGUUGAUCUUGUUCUCCAGCAAAGGCCUUCGUUUGUUUAUUCCCCUCAGAGACUGCUCCGAAAGCUGUAACGCCUACAUCUUCAAAAUCAACUCGAUCACCAUGCACCAUAACGUAGAGAACCCCAUCUGUCGGGUGCCCUUGCGGCCGGAUGUCUAUACCAAGGCAGCCCAAAUGCGAAUCCUUAAUGUACCGGGGUCCAAGAUCGAAGAUCGACAGUACGAAGUUCUCCUGAAGGAGAUCUCUCUCAGCACCGCCUGUUGGUCAGACAUCCUGGCGUACAUCCAGGAGCAAACCUCGUCAACGACCCACCACGAUAACCCGGCCUUCGAGUGGAACAACCUUCAGGACGUUCAAAGAUCAUCUGACUUUGAAGUCAACACGAUCUUUAAAGAGUUUAACUUCUCCGUCAUCUACGCUCCUUGCAUAAUCUACAAAAAUGUCCUCAUCUGCAGUCAGGCCAUGGAACUGAAUUGCAUGUCCGACCUUCUCAUGAACCUGGACUUGGAUCAAUUGUGCCUAGCUGGGAACAUCUCCCGCAAGAUCAGCAACAUUCUUCAGGUGAUCGCUCCGGCUCGUCACAGUAGCUCCUCCUCGAACAGCAGUGUGGUGGAGUUCAACCCGGCUCUUUUCAGCAGACAAAUCAGCCAAGACGCCAUCAGCAUUGACUCGGUGAGAUCAUUGCGGGACUCUGAGUUACCUAGAACUCGACGAAGCGUCUCCAAGCUGUCCCGCUUUGAGGAGGACUCUGGUGUGGAGUCCUACCGAGCGUCGGAUACAAAACAGGCUACUUCCAGCAGUAGACGAAGCAUCGGCGGAGUUUCGCGACAGAGGAAGACCUCCAGCAGAUCUUCUGAACAGCUUUUGAAACCAUCGCUCGGUCCGACGGUGGAAGGUCAGGUUAUACCGUACGAAGUCUGCUUCCUGGGCGGAUACUUCAAAGUUAACCUUCACGAGAGGAAGUCCAAGGAUCAGGACUCGAAAGUCCUCUUCCGAAUGAUGAUGGCCCAACCGAAUGGCUUGCUAUCGCUGAAUCUUUUGGAACGGGUCGUACAGCUGUCACUGUUUGACUUGAUCGUCGAUCUCGAUGAGCUCUCGCUGGUGAAGACACUCCCCGGUGAGCCAGAUGACCUGGGCAUACCACAGCCGAUCAUCAAGACCCGCUUCGUAAACAGCACGGCAAAGAAGAACAACGAACUGAGCGUGGAGUUCAAAAGACCGAUCAAAUUCACGGUAUCACACCAGAAAUUGAAGGUCGUUCAGGAUCUUGCCGAUAUUUUGGUUGGUGCAAUGGGUGGACCUCAAAGCAACGAUCGGCCACAGCGACCCGCGAGAAAGCUGCCCAAACCCAUGCUUAGCCGAAACAAGUUCAAAAUGAUCAAGUCCAACUUGUACGACGUGGAGAAGGUGACGGUACGACUUUCGCAAACUAUGAUCCACCUCCUAGACGAAGAUCAUCAGGUCUACAACUGCAAGCUGUCCUUUUCUUCCAUUCAUUCGACAUUGCGAGUACAAGAGCGUCCGGCUCGCAUGACGUUUAACUUGGACCUGGAAGAACUGAUCUUUAGUCAAGGUUCGUUCGUGAUCAUGCAUCCGUUCUCGUUCAAGCUUCAAGCGUCCUUGACGCAGGAGUACUGGAAACGUGAUCCCUUGAUCCAGAUCAAACUGAACUCCAGCUACCUGCAGCUGGACUUCAAUCCGAACAAUUUGGGUGAAAUUCAGCGGAUGUCAGAACUUUUCCACGAGAUCCUAGAUAAGAAGUCUUCGGAGGAAGUCGCUAGCAGUGCAUCGGUAACUGCCAGUGCCAAUAUGACACCCAGUCGGGAGAACUUGAUCCCCCUGACGGCACCGGGUUUCUCUCGGAGAGAUUCCACUAAAGGCGUUCAGGAGGAGCACUACCAGGAUGAUCUGCGGGCAGGAGCAUUCCAGUUCAUUGAGUCCAGCCGAAGCAACGAACUGCCACUGCCGUAUCAGAUCAAGAUCAUCAAUCGGGAUGUGGGAAUUAUUUGCUGGCGGUAUCCUCAGCCGAGGGCGCUGUACAAUGUGACCGUGUAUCCCGUCCCGAUGAGCACAAACAGACCGAUCAAGAUCCAGUGCAAGUUGGAGUACUUCUCGGAAAUCUACGGCGACUUCUUCGAGCUGUGCGAAUUCACGUUGUGCGAAAACGAGAAGGUCGCCUUGAAGCUGCCCUCGCGUAAGAUCGCUUCCUCAAUCUGGAGGAUCGUGAUGACUCAGAACGUCAUCUACGAAGGCAGCAGUGGCAGCGAUGAAUCCAGUGGCGAAGCAGCAACAGACUCCACCGAGCAGGGUAAAUCCCUCAUUUCCAACAUAACGGACGUCCUGAAGGAUACCUACCUAUCAACCGGUCGUAUCGUCAACCUACCCUAUCGGUUGCACCCGAAGAUCUUCGUGGCCUGCAUGCGGGUCGACUCGAUGUUCAAUCCAAACCUCAUCCCGAACGUGGAGUGCACCAUGGAGUUGCGACCCGUCCAGAUCAACCUGUUCAACGUUACCAAGUUCUCAAUGGAUUCGAAACUUCCGAAACCUUUCGAGGGCUAUCGGCUUUGCAAGGAAACCAUCGAGGCCAGAAGUCACAAAUUCUUAAUGCUGAACUCUAGUCACUUGCGGGCCCGCGCUGCCAUCUACGACAACUUUGACGUACUGAUCAGCGGGGAGUUGAAUCUGCACUGUGAUCUCCUAGACUACAGUCAUUACACUUUCGAGAACGUGUUGGAGUUGGUCAACUUGAAAGCGAUCGCCACGAUCGAGGACGAUUCGCUGGAGCUGAAAGCGAUCUCGGAUGAUAUUCUGGUGCGUUAUGGACCUUCUGUGGGAUACAACUUGGUAGUAGCGGAACGGUUCUGGAACUCGCGGGAGGAUACGGUCCUAAUGUACGGAAAGUACAUUGUUUGCAAUCACACUCACGUGGGAUUGAAGUUCGGUCAGUACGAUACCGGAGAAGCCAUCUUCGUGGGAACCCAUGAGCUGUGUCUGUACGUGUUCAAAAGUUGUCGACAUGCCCAGGUUCUACAGCUGAUCUUCAACGAAAACACCAAAGAUAUAUCCACCGAACCCUUUUCCGUUGCAAAAGAAGGCCUGUUCUACGUGCGAGUUCUUCCAGUUUUCGAAGAAGACGUCGAAGACGAGAAACUGUUCGUGGUGAGGAUUGAGAACCUGAGUAAUGCGCAAAAACGGAUCACGAUCGAGGGGCAGAACAACUUCUUCAACAUGACUACGCAGCGAUUGAAGAUCCAGUACAAGUUCUACAGAGUGAUUCCGAACAGCGAGAAACACUACGUGUCCACGAGUUUCCUGAUUGAUGGCGGUUCGAACGCCAACGUCUUCGGCGCCGCAAAUAACAAGAACCAACAGAGCUUCAAGAUCGCGAUCGACGGUGAGAAGAAGUCCGGAUGGUCCGGAGAUAUCCCGAUGCGGGAGAUCAUGAACGGAUCAAAGCCCUAUCUGGUGAAGAUUCCAACCGAGUUGGUCAAGGAGGGUUUCCUCAGCUACUGGGUGAGGAUCAUUCGGGAGAGGAUCGGCGAGAAUGCGGAACUGAAGGAUACCUUCAACGAGCGGGUACUGGUGGUCAUUUGGCCACUGUUUAUGGUGCAAUCGAUGCUGACGGUCAAUACCACGGCAUACGAGGAGAAGAUCGAUCAAACCUUUUCGAUCUAUGGGCAGGGUGUGCGGAGGGAACUGGUCGUUCCCGGUACGAAUGCUGACGAGCAUGAGCUGCAGUUCCGGAUGAACUUCAACGCCCUUCACGGAGAGGACAAGCGGAAAGCGCUUCUAUCGUACCGUUUGAUCGACGGGCGAUCGUUCUUCCAGGUUCCGGACCGGUUCAAAACAGUUGAAACCGCCAUUGAGAUGCUUCAGAAGAAGCACUCUCUACCCUGGCCGUGCUCCCGGGAGGACGAACUUCGCUCGAAACGCGAAAACUCCAUCCAAGAGGCAACCCUUCCCCUGUACCAUUGUUCCGCAGCGCACGAGCUAUCCUGCUGCCUGAUGUUGAGCAUCUCCCCGUGGUGUUUGUUCAUCAACCAACUAGGGUGCCAAGUGCGAAUCAAAAACUACACAACCAACGAGACGAACAUCGUCGAACCGAACAACAUCCUGAUGCCGCAGUACAUCGAGGUCGGGUUCACGCUGGAACUGGAAGUUGGCAUGCAGCUGGAAUCCGAACUGAUCUAUCUGAACGGAGAGGUCAAAAAGCAGAUGGCCAACAGUUACGUCCUUCCGGUCGAGGGGUCGAUCGAAAUCAACUUGCGGUCCGACAAUGGGGUCACCAAUCUGGUUCUAACAUCCCUGACGGAAAACAACAUCCGAGUGUUGAUCCUCGCGUCGCAGUUCGUCGUGACGAACUACUCCAGUGUCGAUUUACGCUUUUGGGCGUUCGGGGUGCUCGCCAACGAACGGCUCGAUCAGGUUCGCCAGGACGACGCUGGACCACAUUCGGCUUGCUACAAUCUCCCGAGGAACAGUCGCCGGUGUGACAAUCCCCAAGGUACGGCCAUCACCGUGUUGAACAACCUCUCCAAGCACCGAAACAAGCUCAAAUUCAACAGCAGCUACAACUGCUACCUAACGCUGUACCAGCACGAUGGCAACGAGUUCUCCAGCCCGAUCUACCUCAACCGGACCCUGUCGCGCAAAAGUUUCUCCGUACAGUGCGACGAUCGGUACAUUCCCGUUUCGCUUUCGAUCGUGGCCCACCAGGGUCAGCAGCACGUGUCCAUCUAUGACGAUCCGUGCCCCUCGUACGGCAUCGAGAACCGAACGGACUUCAACAUCUACGUGGCCCAGUCGGACUCGGUGAAUGCGAAUAAAGCGGCCACGGCCGUGCCGGAGUGCGUUGUGGAGUCGAACUUUGUGUGGUAUCAGAUCGUGGGAUCGAGGCAGAAGGUUUACUACACGCCACCGGCACUGGAUGCUCUGUUUCCGGAGGUGCAAGAUGUGGAGGUGGCGCUCAUUUUUGCGUGUGUUAGUGGAAGUGCAAUUCGGUGGUCUCAUCCGGUGAAGGUCGAUGAAAACAAAAACAUAUUCCUAAACAUUCCUCUGUAUGGUGAUCUCAAAUUGGCUGUGAAUAUUAAAAAUCGUACUACGGACGUAGUGAUCGACUACAUAAGUCAAGACUUAGAAUUUUCCGCCAAAGACAUUCGAACCCGUUUGCUGAACCCGGAGGCCGUUCCAGCAUCCGAUCAGGAUCCAGACCUGCCUCAGAAACCCACCCCGAAGCAGUCAUCUUCCCCAGUCCUGACCACCCCCGCCGAACAGCAACUCCGCUCCAAGCGGAUAUCGUUCCGUGGCUUCUUCAAAUCCUUGAACCUUACCCUAUUCAACGAUCAGGAAUCGAAAUGCUGUUCCAAGGUGGACCUGAUUUCGUUCAAUUUCGAUCGAGUUGGGGUCGAGAUGAACACCGGCGGAGAGAGUAGCAAGGCUUUGGUGCAGUUUGUGGCCAUUCAGGUGGACAACGAGCUGCACAGUACCGGGGAGUAUGACUUUCCGGUAGUCCUAUGUAGCGAGGACCACGAAUCCAAACAAGCUAUGCCAGUGGUGAUGCCGAAUCAGUACAAGUUGGAUGAAUGCCUGGAGCAGUUGGCUGGAAAUGCUUUGUGUUCGAUCUAUGCCGAAAUGGAUGCUGACAGUUGGACAAGCGUCGAAGGUCUCAGGUUCAAGAUCAACCCGAUUCGAGCGUACAUUGAGGACACUUAUAUCAACAUCAUGCUAGACUACCUGAUGGAGUGUCUUCCGGUGAACCUGCUCUACCAUCCGGAAGUUCCAAUCGAACGGUUUAAGUGUGCCCCGGGACAAGUGCUCAUUCCAAAACUAGUCAUCCAGCAGUCUACCUAUCUGGCGGAUCCGAUCAAGUUCCGGUACAUCCGGAUCGAGCCGCUCCACGUUCUACUUUCUGUGCACACCUGCAUGCGCCUCUACAUAGCGUUGGAUCACAGCCCCCUGGACUUCUCCGCUUUCGAGCGGAACAACGUCCGGUCUCUUCCGAUACGAUUCGGAAACUCGCUUGGGAUGCACUACCUGUCGGGGGCGAUCUUCGGCGGUGGUUGGGUCAUUGGGUCGCUGGAGAUCCUCGGAAGCCCCAGCGGACUGGCUCGAUCGGUGACCAGCGGUCUGCGGGACUUUGUGUCGCUGCCGGUGCAAGGACUGUUCCGAGGACCGUGGGGAUUCCUGGUUGGACUAACACAGGGAUCUACAUCGUUGGUGAGGAAUAUUACGGCGGGAACGGUGAACUCGGUGACUAAGCUGGCCACAUCCGUGGCUCGGAAUUUGGACAGAUUGACGUUGGAUACGGAACAUGUUCAGAGAACGGAUGCCUUGAGGAGAAGGCGACCUCAAGGAAUGACGGAAGGAUUCACGCAGGGUUUGACGGGGUUGGGAAUCAGUAUCCUUGGGGCUGUCGGUGGAUUAGCUCACCAUCCGUUGCAGGCUAGAAGUCCGAUGGAUGUGGUCACCGGUGUAGGAAAAGGUAUUGUCGGAGCGUUCACGAAACCAAUUAGUGGUGCUGCAGAGUUGCUGGCCCUCACAGGGCAAGGAAUGCUUCACAGCGUGGGAUACAACACUAUGCCUACGCCGAAGUACUUCCAACAGCCGCUUCAGCGAUUGGACCCGAUCCCCUACAAAUCGCUUUGGGAUCCGCAAACUCUUUCCGACGGUUCGCUCAUGUUCACCAUCCACGCUACCUUCGCCGGUCGGAAUCAGUACAAGUUGGUCGUAGUGGGGAUCUACCUAAAGACGCUGGUGCUGCUGGACGUUGAUAACAGUCAGCUUCUGGAAGUCUUGGAUCUUAAGACUGUGUUCCCAAGCGUAGAUGCAAGCGAUCCCACGCAGGUAAUUCUAAGGAUACGACCGGAACUACCGCCACCACCAACAGAUUAUAUGUCGUACCCAAUCUCCAGUCGAACGUACCAAUUUGUGCAGGAAUCAACCAUGCAACUGCCAAAGCUAUCCUCCUACUCGCUGCCUCCACUGACGAAGCAAACCACCUCCGCGACCCCCAAGGUAAGUAGAAACCCAGCGCCAGUCGCACCGAAGCAGGGAACCCCAUUCGCAUCCCCCGAAGAUGAUGACAUGACUGCCGGCAUCGGCGACGAUGUGGCCGUCGAAAUCGGUGACGAGGACGACGGUGGUGACCUCGAAUUGAUGGACGAUGUCCCGAUCAUUGAGGGGGACCGGGGUGCCACCGAUGAUAGCGAACGCCGCCUGGUGCUCUACGUCGACGAAAACUUGGCACACUAUUUGGUAAAGUACGUCAGUCUACUGAAGAAAAGCCAACAACCGGCCGGGACGGUUGUUUUUGCUCCGUUCGACGGGCGGUAGGCGGACGGGAGGGAUAUGGGACUGUAAAUGAUACAAGGAUUCCUUUGGAAAAAGAGCUAUUUAUUCGAGGCAAUGCAUUUUAGUCUGUUUUAAAUAUUAAACAUUUUUGUAUUAUUAAUUCUAUAUACCGCUCCACGGGAAUGCAAUAAAUAUUACAAACAGUA